AUGGUGACCGAAAUCGGCCAGAAGGACGUUGAGAUCCAGCCCGGCUAUGUCGGCAACCUCACCGAGGAGCAGGAGGGCAAGCUCCAGGAGCUAUGGCUGAAGUUCUUCGAAACCUGCGGAAACGCCGAAGACGAUGAUGGCGAAGGCAAAAAGGGCGGCGGUGGCGGCGGCGAUCUCGGCGGCUGGGACGAGAAGCAGGAUGGUCCCAAGGGCGCCGGCAUCCCCAAGGACGACAAGGCCAAGGAGGAGCAGAAGGCCAAAGAGGAGAUGGCCGCGCUCGACGACCUCCUCAAGACCUACGGCGGCUCUGCGCUGCGCACCACCUUCUGGAAGUUUGUCAAGAUGGACAACCCGGACACGGACGUCUUGCGUUUCCUGCGUGCGCGAAAGUGGGACGUCUCGCGUGCUUUCGCCAUGAUGGCCGGCUGCAUGAAGUGGCGUCUCGACAACAACGUCGAGGAGCUCGCCGAGAACGGUGACUUGGGCAAUGCCCAGAUCGAAAAGUUCCUCGACCAGCAGCGCUCGGGCAAGACCUACGCCAUGGGCACCACCGACGACGAGCAGCCCAUCGCCUACAUCCACGUGGCCAAGCACAUGACCUACGGCCAGCCCGGCGCGUCCAUGUCCAAGUACGUUAUCUACGCCAUGGAAUCGUUCCGCCUGCUCAUGCAGCCGCCCAACGACAAGGUGGUGCUCCUUUUCGACAUGACCGGCUUCGGUCUCAAGAACAUGGACUGGAACUGCAUUCUUUUCAUUGUCAAGUGUCUCGAGGCCUACUACCCUGAAUCGCUGGCCAUCCUCUACAUUCACAAUGCUCCCUGGGUCUUCUCCGGUAUCUGGAAGCUGCUCGGACCCAUGCUCGACCCCGUGGUGCGAUCCAAGGUUAAGUUCACCAAGAAGCCCGACGACCUCGACAACGUGCCCAAGGAGCGCCUCAUGUCCAACAUGGGCGGCAACAACGUCAACGAGUUCGAGUUCAUCGAGCCCGAAGAGGGCGAGAACGACCAGACCAAGGACGAGGAGGGAAAGAAGAAGACGUGGGACAAGUACAUGAAGGUGGCCAAGGAGUACGAGCAGGUGACGCGCAAGUGGUGCGAGACCAAGGGCAAGGAUGAGGAGGUCGUCAAGAAACGCGAGCUGCUCGUCAAGAAGCUGCGUGUCGCCCAGUUCGAGCACGAGCCCUACUUCCGCGGCAAGACGGUCUACCACCGAAACGGCACCCUCGACGGACAAGGUGUCGUCACCUGGGAGUACAAGCAGAAGGACGGCGAGGUGAUCCGCCACGUUGUCGGUCGCAAGGCCUGCGUCAAGACACUCAAGAAGGAGAUCAAGGCGAUCGAGAAGGGCGACAACCCCAAGGAUGUCGAGAAGCGCAUUGGAGAGGAAGCCGAGCAGAAUGGUGUCGAUGGCGGAGAGGGAGAAGAGGGAGAAGAGGGCGAGGAAGGCGGAGAGGGGGAGGAGGCGGCGGCUGGCGCAGCCGCUGGUGGUGCUGCCGCCGGCGCUGGUGCUGGAGCUGCUGCUUCGUCUCGCCGCCGCAAGAGCAGCAAGGACAAAGACAGCAGCAAGGACGUCUUCCACGAAGCGCCCGUGGCCUCCAAAGCGGAUACCCGCAAGGCCGUCGAUGUCAACACCGACAAGGUCAUCUCGUCCGACGAGAAGGCUGCUAGGAAGGCAGCUCGCGCCAGCCGUUCCGGCAGCAACGGCUCCGCUGACGGCAACGCAAUCGGUCACGCCAACGGCAACGGUGCUGCAAAGAAAGGCCCUACCGACUACAAGAACGACGACAGCACCGAUUCCGCCGGGCUCAAGAAGAAGGGCAGCAUCAAGGUCAAGUCGGGCUUUGCCAAGCUCAAGUCGGUCGUUUCUAGCAAGGGUUGA